UGCAAGCCGACUCCCAUGGGUAAGCUUCUGUAUGCUUCCAUGUCAGGGACAGCCUUCAUCAGCGUAUAGAGUGACACUUUCCACAUCUGUUACCCACCAGUACCACCAAUUAUGACUUGCACGGUGUGUCUGUGUGAUGGAUUGGGAGUGUCAAUCUUCCUUCUUAUGCCUCUGACAUUGUCAUUCCCCCUCAACUCACAUACCUGGUGGUUGACUACACAAGGCCACCGAUAUGGCCCUCGCAAAGUAUUCGAUGCUUGCACUCAAUGCUUUUUGAGGCCGACAAAACGAACCUGUUGGUUCCAGUUUGGAACCGACUCCGCUGAUCGCCCGCCGGACCCACCGGCCUGGCAACCCCCGGUUCCCGGCGCCCGGUCCCGGGCCAAGCAAACCGGCACCCGAAUGGCCGACCUCCGGCGACAUGGCGGCAUAUUCCGUUCGGGGCGGCACUAUCCAGAAGCAUGGCUGAAGGCAAAUACGCGUAGUGGGCAUAUAUUUGCCAGUCAAAGGGGCUGGGGGAGGCAUCGAGUAGGGCCGACUACGGGUACUGCCGACAUGGAUGGCGAGUUCAGACGGGAUUCCGGGCGACUCCUCCUUCACUACUACCUUCGCAACUGGGCCGGGAAAGAAGGAAGAAAAAAAAGGUGGAGGAUGCAAAAGGAAUGGGAAAGAAAGGCCGAUUGUGACAUCAGGAAUUCUCUGGUUGUCACCGGGCAGUUGCUGUUGCCUAGCAAAAGAGAGAAUCAAGUCAAGUUUUCCAUUAGAUGAAGCAUGAAGUCCGAGUGCUGAGCCCCCAGCAACAAAAGAACAAGGCCAGUUCAUGUCCUGCAGCUGAAGCCCCAUCCUGAUUAAUCCAUGACAGUAGAAAGUCCAAGCAAAAGUGUGUGCGACUCAACCUAGUUGCUGACUCGCUCACUCUGGGA